AUGUACGAUGGUCCUUGGUAUAGCUUCGUACCAGAUUCGCAGUCCAAAAAAGAUGAUGCUGCGUCACAAGCUUCAAAACACCGGCGGAGGGAAUCCUUACUGAAACAGCCAGAUGGUCAAAACAAGGCUUCAGAUCUUCCAGACCCAAUACUGGAGCUCUAUGAAGAUACCGCCGGCCUCAAAGGACCACCAGUGGCAACCCUUGCUAAAAGAGCCAAAUCUUACAGCGACUUCUACGAUGUCGCUGUUUCUUAUCUUGGCAAGGAAAGUAUGAAGGAAACGCCCAAAGAUUCGUUUGGUCCUUCAGAAAAUGUCAUAGAUACUAGGGUGCUUGGAAGCAGCUUCGAAGACUUUGAGGAUGAGCUACUCGUCGAGAGCCAAGAAGAUUAUCGGCUCUAUAGAGAUCAGCUCAUACUUUCCGAGCGGCAUCUCGAUACCUUACUCAGUGAUACGACAGCCGCUUUGGAUCUAUUGGCUUCUCUUUCCGAGUCCUUUGUGACCGUUGAGUCUGAGACAACAGCAUUUCAAGGUCAAUGUGAAGACCUGUUGGCCGAACAGAAACGUCUUCGAGACCUGGCGGACGAAGUGGGAACAGACUUGCAAUAUUAUGCUUAUCUGGAACCUCUGACCAGGCGUUUGAAUGCCCCAGGCUCUGGAAGACUUGUUAGAAAUGAUGAUUUCUUGGAAAUGCUCCUGAACUUGAACACCUGCAUCGAUUUCAUGGACCAACAUCCAUCUUACCGCGACUCGACAGUCUACAAGACUCGGUACACCACGUUGCUAGAGAGAGCGCUUGACCUUGUUCAGGUAUCUUUUUCGUCUGCUCUUCACGAUGUCUCGGAUGGAGUAUCAAGGGAGCUCAAGGCAAAAGAGCACAAUGAAACUGCCGAGUACAUCCUGCUCUAUGGAAAGUACGAGACUGUCUACGAAAACUUUGGACUUCCUGUACAGAAGUUGUUAAAGAGUGCGGAAUUUGCUUUUGGGCAGAAAGGUGAUGAUAAGGCAUCAAGUCCCUAUGUCCACCAAUAUCAUGAGCUAUUCAACCAGCUCAUUGAUGCUUUCCUCAAGAGUCGUGAGCCAGUCGGUACUAUGGUUACCAAGAACCUCAAGAAGUUCGCUACAAAAGAGAAGCCGGACACCGAUUUCGAGCAUUUUGCUAGACUUUGCGUCCAGCACGUCUUGGACAUUUGUCACAAUGAGCAGAAGCUCGUCACCCAAUUCUUCCAAGAUGGGCCCCUCUUGGCCGACUACCAGCCCAUUGAAGCAUAUACCAAGAGCAGUGAGUAUGCUGGAAGGCUUGAGAAUAAUAUACUCUCUCAUCUUGAAACGCUUCACACAUUUCUAUUGCCGUAUCUAAGCAGCGGAGAUCUGCAACGAAUAUGCGAUUUGGUCAACUGGCUCGAGACGAUGUACAUGGCGUCCAACGACGAUGAUUUGGAUGACGAUCAGCUUGGGGAUAGCCGGAGGUCUAUUGCCCAGGCUCUCCUGAGCAAGUAUCUCUGGAAGUCACUGGAUUCUCUGUUUCUCAAAGCAGCUACCGAGAUUGAGCAUUUUAAACCAACGCAAGAAGAUCUCAGGGUCACUGCUAAAGCGAAGAUUAUUACGAAUGAGACUACCAAGGCAGCAAAUGGGGAGGGCCCUGAUGGAGUCCAGGUGCAUGGCAGCCACGCCCCGCUGGUAUCUAACUCAUACCCAACUGUCAAGACUGCCGUCAAAUUGCUAGUUAUGUACAACGAGGGUGUUUAUGACAGGCCUCGAACAAGUGAUGUACUCUACGAAAUUGUCCACCAAGUUACGGAGUCCCUCCAAAAAGCCGCUACAAUUAUCAAGCGCAGCUCCAAUAUCAUGGACGCGCAACUCUUUCUCAUCAGGAACCUCAUGUUCAUUGAAAAUCUGUUUAUGACCCAAGAGAUCCCAGAUGUCAUUCGACAGUCAGCCGAGCUCGACUUCUCGCCCAUCUGGGACACGAUCCAGCAGCUGCAAGAUCGCAAGCAGCUGUUCAACCCACUCGCCUACAUCACGCCUCUGGUGAAGGGCAACCUGCUCCCGGCAGUUGUCGACAGGGUCUUUGACGCGCGGAAGGAGCUGGAAAAGGUUCUCGUCCAACAGAUUACUGCCUUCACGAAGACCUGGCAGGCACGGCUGGCGGAGAAGGAUAUAAAGAAGAGGGCUCUGAUCGCUAGGGAGCUGGAGAUCUUGCUGGAAAGGGCUUUCGACGAGGAGACGACGAGGGCAGCUUUGUUGAAGAUGAUUCAGACAGAUGAUAAUGAUCCAAAUUGA